CGUGUACGCGUUCCUAGCUUUUAUUCGCCGUAAUUUUGUUCUCUUUUAUUUUGUUGGCUUCCUAACGUCAUCGUCAGGGAAUGUUAGCGUUUUAGAAUAGAUGCUAGCUUUUUCGCCUUGCGUAUUUGAGCACGUUUAGCGGGUACGUUAGCACGUUGGUGCCAUGAAAGGCAAAUGGAAGUCGCGGGGCAAAGGCAAAAACAACGGCAGCACCGUCUUGCAGAAGUACAUGGUGGCGUUGGACGAGUUUGUCAAAAGCAAAAGUGGCGCCGAGGGAACAGAUGAUGACGCCGGCUUGAGGUCGGUCAAUCGCAAAAGCAGGAAGGAGCUGCGCAAGGAGAAGCGAAAGUUGAAGAAAGCCAGGAUGAAAAAUCACUACGAAGGUCAAAAGACAAAUGUGCCUAAGGGCGAUGCUGAACAGGCUGUAGCAUCUCCUGAACAGAAGGCAACGGGAGGCAACAAGAAGGUCCGAGAAGUGCCCACAACGAGUGCAAAGAAACAAGAAAAGCCCAAAGUGGCACCUAAGAAAAGCAACAAGCUUCAAGAGUCGAGGAAGAAGGCACUUUUGGAGGCCAAUGAACAGGAGGACCGUGAGAUAAAGAAACUCGAGCGCUAUUUGAAAUUAAACAAGAGGAAAAACAAGAAAAGCAUACCUCAGUCAUUUGUGGCUGACGGCCUGGACUACAUCCUGGGUGCUCUCCACUCGGGCAAUUUGGCCACGGGGACGUACGACAGCGACGACAACGUGGACCUGGCCAAGGACAACUUUGAACGGCUGGACGAGGACAAUUCAGAUGAGGACUUGGCGAGCGAAGGAGAAGACUUCAAAGAUGAUGAAGGAGACGACGGAGGAGGAGCUGUAGAAGAAGAAGAGGAGGAGGAGAGGGAAGGGGAGCAUGAAGUAUCUAGCGAAGAAGAGCCCGAGGACGAGGACCUGGAGAACGAGAGUGACCCAAAUGACAACGAUGAGCCAACAGAAGAAAUGGCAGAGCCCACUACCGACAUUGCAAAGGGCAAGUACGUGCCUCCUCAACUGCGUGACGCCGGAGGGGACCAGCGCAAAGCAGAGUUGGAAAAACUGAAGAAGAAUGUUAAGGGCCUUGUCAACAGGCUGAGCGAGCCCAACAUUGCGUUGAUCAGCCGCCAACUGGACGCGCUCUACAUGAGCCGCAGCAGGAACGACAUGAACGAGACCUUGACGGAGGUGCUGCUGGCCGCCUGCGUCACGCCCGCACUGAUGCCCGACCGGCUGCUGAUGGAGCACGUCCUGCUGCUCAGCAUCCUCCAUCACACCGUGGGUUUGGAGGUCGGAGCCCAUUUCCUGGAGACGGUCGUACGCCUUUUCCACGACGCGUACGAGCGGCCGAGCGAGGGCAAGGAGUGCGACAACCUGCUGGCCGUCGUGGCGCAUCUCUACAACUUCCAGGUGGUGCACUCGCUGCUCAUCUUCGACAUCCUGCGCCGCCUGCUGGCGGCGUUCUCCGAGAAGGACAUUGAGCUGGCGCUGUUGGUGCUGCGCAACGUGGGCUUCUCGCUGCGGAAGGACGACCCCCUGGCUCUCAAGGAGCUCAUCGCCGAAGCCCAGCGCAAGGCGGCCGACGUCGGGAAGAAAUUCCACGAUCGAACCAGAGUGCGUUUCAUGUUGGAAACCAUGCUGGCCUUGAAGAAUAAUGACAUGCGCAAGAUUCCGGGCUACGAUCCCGAGCCUGUUGAGAAGCUCAAGAAGGUGCAAAGAACUUUGAUCCAACGCAACACGGCAGGCGGCGACCUGAAACUGCGGGUGUCCCUGGACAACCUGCUGUCGGCCGAGCAGGUGGGCCGCUGGUGGAUUGUCGGCUCGUCGUGGAGCGGAGCACCCAUGAUUAGCGAGCAAGCGAAUAAAAGCGGCGGUGAAGGACAGUUCACCGCUAAAGUUCUGGAACUGGCCCGAAAGCAGCGGAUGAACACAGAGGUCCGAAGGAACAUCUUCUGCGUGCUCAUGACCAGCGAGGACUAUCUGGAUGCGUUUGACAAGCUGCUGAGGAUGGGGCUGAAAGACAAACAGGAGCGGGAAAUCGUCCACGUGCUGAUGGACUGCUGCCUGCAGGAGAAAACCUUCAACGGCUUCUACGCCGUGCUGGGAGAGAAGUUCUGCGCUCACGACCGCCGCUUCCAGAUGACCUUCCAGUUCAGCCUGUGGGAUAAAUUCCGGGAGCUUUCCAACCUUCCCGCCAGGACUUUGAACAAUUUGAUCCAGCUCGUGACGCGCUUCCUCCAGAACAAGUGCUUCUCGCUCUCGCUGUUCAAAGUGAUUGAGUUUGGCGAGCUGGACAAGCCCAAGGUGCGCUUCCUGCGUCAAGUCCUGACUCGGCUGCUCACAGACACGGAGCCUGAGGAUCUUGCCGGCAUUUUUUCCAGGAUUUCUGGAAUUCCCCAACUGGGAAUGCUGCGCGAGGGCCUGAAGCUUUUCAUCAGCCACUUCCUGCUGAAAAGCGCCGGGCCGCAGGACGCCGCCGCCGCGCUGACGGAGCGCGCUCGCAUCGCCGUCAAGGCCAUGGAGGCCAAAGAGGCCAAAGUCAAACUGUAACUCCAAACCAAACAAGACCUAUAGUUGUCAUAACCCCCCAAAAAAAAUCACCAUGUUGACGUACUAGAUUGUGGCUGCUGAGACUUUAUACGGGUCUAGAAAAUGGGUCAUCAAAUCCAAACCUUUUUAUUCAGGGCUGUAAAUGAUGAGCGCUUUGAAGCGCAGUGUGAAGAAGUGACACGGCGUGACUAAGCGCCCACCGAGGUGUAUACAGUGGGAUCAAUGGGCUCACUGUGUGCACUCCACACCCUGACUGACCUUUGCGCGGCAGCCUUUACCUGCCCGCUCGGCUCGGCUCGGGUCUGACCCGGGCCUGAACUCGUAGCCGCCGAGGCAAACACGGCGAGAAGAUAAACGCCCCGCCGCCCGGGUCCCUCACUAAACAGCCUGUGAUAAAAGAAUCCAAUUGACCCAACUUUAUAUUUCCUAGAUCUAAAAAGUCUGCACACCCCUCUUGCAAUGCCUGGAGUCAUCUGUUUGUCAUUGCGAGACUGAGACAAAUACAAUUGUUUUCAUUGGAAUGAUAUGACAAAAUCAGCGGUUAUGUUGAUCUAGGUUCCCAAUUACAACGGUCAAUUGAGUCUCAAUAGAAA